GCCAUCUUUAAUUCUUUUAUUUUGUGUUGAUGAGUUGUUUGAGAGUGAAAGGGUGCGACUUCCACGGGGCUGUUUAGGGCCAAUCAGGGUUAAAUUUGAGCAGACAAAUGUUCAAGCUGCGGUCUCGGAGUCGAAGUAAGGUCGUCGUAGGCAAGGGAGAUGCCGACGGCGACGUGGCGCCCGCCGACGACGAGGAGGACGAGGACCUUGGACUUGUCAUGAACAUCAAAAUCGACCAAGUGGAGGAUGAGUCAUCAUCAUUGGUAUUCAAAAAGACACACCGUCGCCAGAAUUCAAGAAGUUUGCCGAAAAUAGACGUGACGGAACUUCUUGCCUCCGAGGGCCGUCCUAAGUCUACUGAAGAGUCUGGCAAGGAAGAGUGGUUUCACACGUGGCCUGAGAACAAAAAGGAACCUCUUGGCCAAGGAGUCACUACGAACGGAGGACACCGAACCGCUAUUCCAUUGGAGCAACUUUUACAGGCCAUGCCACUUGCUUACAGCCCUGUCACGAGGCAGCUGCAUGUCAUCCCCAAGGUUGAGCCUAAAGUUGAGGAACCACCUCCGGUGGAAGACGAACUUCCAAAAUCAGACUGUCCAAGCAAAUCUGGCUCUCCGUUUUCCUCACUCUCCAACAUCAGUCGAGUAACCCUUGAUUCUUUGGUCAUCAAUCCGUCCUGCCCAUCUCUUGACGAUGACGCCUCAAGCACAGCUUCUCUCCGAGAUGCUUUUCUGACGGGCCAACAGCGCCGAAGCAGUGUUGGAAGUACAGAUCCGUCAAAAAACAAGCAAAACGGGGCCUUUUCCAAUUUAUUUUCUAAGAGCAUUUUUGGCUGGAAAUCUAGCAGUAAAGACUCCGGAAACUGGCGACUGUUUGGCCGUAAAAGUCAUAGUGGAGGAUCGGAAGCGCAAACGCUAGACGAAGCUUGCUCUUCAAGUGGUAGUGCCAGCAGUUUGGUCUUCACUGGUCGAGAGGCGAGCAGUGGCUCUUUAAUUCUUGAGGCUCGUCCUUCUCAUUUGCCAGCCAAGAGUCCUGAAGAAGAGGAGAGACAUCGUCUGCAAUACCAACAAAUACUCGAGGCUGCAAAGAAAAAAGAGAUGAAAGAGGAGAAAUUGAAGAAAAAACAAAUGCAGCAGCAGUUGAAGGCCGAAGACCACAUGGCCAACGCUGUGAGAAUGUGGGGCUCUGAAGUAUUACCAAAAUGGGAUUCUAUGAAAAAUUUAAAAAAAGUAAGGGAUUUGUGGUGGUUAGGAAUCCCACCCUGCACAAGAGGGAAAGUGUGGAGACUGGCUGUCGGCAAUGAGCUCAACCUGACACCUGACCUGUACGAGAUCUGUGUUUCAAGAGCCCAAGAAAGACUUGAAAAAGUGAAGUCGUGCAGCAAUUUGAGCCAAGACGGCAGCUUGGACUCGACUUCUUCGGAUAAAGAGGCCAGUGUGCAGCUGAUCCAACUCGACAUUGCCAGAACUUUUCCAUCACUCUGCAUUUUCCAAAGGGGAGGACCCUAUUACGACGUCCUGCACAGUUUGCUAGGUGCUUAUGUUUGCUACCGACCCGAUGUGGGGUACGUGCAGGGCAUGUCCUUCAUCGCCGCUGUCCUAAUCCUGAACCUCGAACCGGCCGAUGCCUUCGUCUGUUUUGCCAACAUGCUCAACAGGCCGUGCCAACGCGCCUUCUUUUGCCUGGACGAGGCAGCCAUUGCUGCCUACUUUGCAACUUACAACGAUCUGCUGGCUGAGAAUCUGCCUCAUCUGAGUCGUCAUUUCACUCAGCAGGCCCUGACUCCUGAUCUGUACCUUUUGGACUGGAUGUAUACCAUGUUUUCUCGAUCGAUGCCUUUGGACCUGACUUGCCGUGUCUGGGACCUUUACCUCCGAGACGGCGAAGAGUUUCUUUUUAGAGCUGCACUUGGUGUGCUCCAUUUGUAUCAAGACACACUGAAGGAAAUGGAUUUUGUUCGCGGCUCCCAGUUUCUCAACAAACUCCCUGACGACAUCAAUGGUGAGGCACUUUUUCGCUCGAUAGAGGUGAUUCGCACAUCGGUGGGCAAACUCAAAUUUGACUGCGUGCUGGCCAACCAUAUCGGCACAAACUGAGAUAAAUUAUUGAUAUAAUGUGCGGGCGAAUGGCUUUUAUGUUUUAGACGAGACUAGUGCGACUUCGUUUAGUAACUAGUCAAGCUUUUAUGAUUUUUUUUUUUUUUUAAUAUACAAUACGUGUUUUCGAAUGAGGCGUGAAAUUAUUAUCUGUAAGUAAGACUUUGUGAUAUUAAACAAUAUGAAUUUUUAUACUCAAGAAUGACCGUCGCAGAUCUGAGAAAAUUUUACGAGUUGAUUGAAAAUUUGUUUGGUAUACAUUUUAUUACAUUUAUAUUUUUGGUAUUUAAAAAAACUACCUGUUAUUGAUGGACCUGCAGAAAUUUUGAAUCUCCUUGUUGAUCUAUGAAAAAAAAAUAUUACACAUCAUUUUACGUCUGGUGCCAAGCAAGCAAUGGCUCUCUUCGUUUAAAUGUGCGAGCGUUUGAAAAUAUAUUCAAAUUUUACCUAUGCAUGUCUUUUUACAAAUUGAUGUUCGAUUUGUAUAAGAAUCCUCCCUACAUGAUAUUAAAAAAUAAAAUAUAUU